AUGGAAGUCUCGGGACGUAAGGAAACGUCUGCUAUAUCAUGCCAGCCAUGUCAGCGUGACGGUGAUACUGCACAAGCAGACGGCUAUUGUGAGAAUUGUAACGAGUUUAUAUGUUCAUCAUGUAUCAAGGCACACCGGAAGUUGGCUGUUACUACAAAUCACGUGAUCAAAUCCAAAGAUGAAAUGCCGACAUAUCAGACACAAAGCGACCCGUGCACUGAACUCUGUGAUGUUCAUGUAAACGAAAUAGUAAAGUUUUAUUGUCAAGAGCACGACAGCGUUGGUUGUGGAGAUUGUAUGGUACUUCAACAUACCUCUUGCAAGGUUCAGCUCGUUUCAGAUGUAUCUAGUAACUAUGACAACAGUGUCGACCUCGUUUUAAUUAAACAUAGAAUUGAUAACCUCAGGAAAAACCUUGCUUCAUGUAAAGAAGAAAUAAAAUGCAGUUUGAAAGCAGCGGAUGAAAUAAAGACCGAGGUCGUCAAAGAAAUUAAGCUAUUUCGUAAAGAAAUGGAUGAUUAUCUAGACAAAAUGGAAGCAGACCUUUUACAAAAAGUUGACGAAAUGAAUGAUAGAGAUGUAUCAUCACAGAAAAAGCUUCAAGAUCAGUGCGAGGCAUUAUCUGAUGAAAUGAAAGAAUUUCAAAGAAAAUUGGAUCAGUGCAAAGACAAGGUCAACAAUUUGUUUGUGACAUCUAAACGUGUACAGGGAAAAUUGGAAAAAUGUCAAAAAAUAAAUGAAACCAUUUCAACCAAGAGUCAGAUAAACACUUUAAAUUUUAAAUUAUCUGAAGAUUUUGACACCAUGAAGAAAAAUAACACACCCCUUGGCAGUCUUGUAACACACGUAAAAACAUUUUCAGGGCAAUGCAAGAAAUGUAUUAAUGACAUGAAGGCACAUUUUGUUAAUAAAGUAAAUUGCCAGGCAGAAAAUGAAAGAAAUUGUUCUAUUACAGGAUUUGUGAUAUUAUCUGAUUCUGAAAUUCUGUUAGCAGACGCCACCAACAAAUCGUUAAAAGUUUUAAAUUACAGAGAUAAUAAAGUUACCUCAGCAUUGAAAUUGUCAGAUUUUCCAUUUGACAUAACCACUAUCAGUUCAUCAUCUGCUGCAACAUGUUUACUAAAUAAAGGCAAAAUCGUUUUUGUGAAUACGCAUAACGGUUUGACUGAAAGUCACAGUCUGGAUGUCAGGAAAAGAUGUGCUGGAAUAGAUCAUCGCAAUGGUAUAUUGGCAGUGGCCUUUACUAAACCUCCCGCUGUUCAGGUGUUGGACAUGGAAGGUCAUAUCCUCCAUGAGGUUAGAGAUACAAGCAUGAUAAAAUAUCCAAGAUAUGUAAAUCUGAGUACAGACAAUGAAUAUAUGUUCGUGUCUGACACGGAGGGCGGUGCCGUGUAUAAAUUUACACUCCAGGGAAAACUAAUAUCUCAAAAUAAAACCGAGAAUAAUGAUAAACCAUUAGGCUUAACAGUAACAAACUGUGGAUGUGCUGUUGUUUGUUAUCAAAUGAAAAGCGAUUCGAUCGGCGUAAGUGUACCUGGUAGCGAAGAAAUUCUGCCUUUCCAUUUGCAGCAUGUAUUGAAGCCAAUUAAUAUCUACAUUUCUGAAGAUCAAAAUAAAAUGUUCAUUCGUGAAUUACGGAACUCCAUGGACGGCAAUUUCAUUAAGAUAUUUGAACUAAAGUAA